AUGGAGAACAGUAUGAAUGAAUUUAGAAUUUUGAAAUGUAUGAAAAUACUAGUACCAAUCGUUGGAAUCGGAAUCGUUCUAACUGUAGUGACAUUUGCCAUAGCUGUGACUACAUUAGUCAAGGUCAAUCAAGGAUUUGAUGAUAUUCAAUCAAAUGGUCCUCAAACAACAUUAAGUUCAACUACUAGACCAACGAAUCCAGGAACUACAACCACUAAGACACCUGGACCAACAACAACAGCAAACACGGCAACAACAUCCAUGACCUCAAAUCGACCAACUAAUGAUGCGAUCUUACCACAAGAAAUCGACAUUCAAAAUGUGAUGGGCCAUCUAAAUGCAUUACAGAAAAUCGCUGACAGUGGAGAUGGAACUCGUGCUGUAGAUACAACGGGUUUUAAUCAAACACUGGACUACAUCGUUGACACUCUCCAAAAAAAGACAAAUUUUAGAAUCACUCGAUCAUAUUUUCCUGUGAAAAGAUUUGAACUCGAUGGCGAUCCUGUUUUUUCUUCAUCGAUCAACAAUAUCUAUAUGACCACUUAUAAUUAUUCAUCUAACAUAGCCGAGUCCGACUAUGCCGUUGCUCGAUAUUCAACAUCUGCGAACUUUCAGGAUCCAGUUGAACUUGUUGUUAUUCCAAAUCUAGGUUGUGAUUCUGUUGACUGGGAUAAUGCUAAACCAUCGGUAGAUGGUAAAGUAGUUCUGGUCGAACGAGGUGUCUGCGGUCUUACUGACAAAGCCGAAUUCGCAAUGAAAUAUAAUGCUACUGCAAUUCUGAUCUAUAAUCACGCCAAUACAGAGAACGAUGUCAAGCCUAUAAUUAUCAACUUAGGUCAAAGAAAUCAGAUUCCAGCACUGUUUCUGUCCAAUACGAUUGGUGAACAGCUACUUGCUGCUUCUCAAGAUCCAUCAAACAAUAUUACCGUAAACAUAAGUAUUACCGUUCGCAAUGAAUUGCCAGCUCCCGUAGGAAAUAUAUGUGCAGAUACACCAGAUGGAGAUCCUACUCAGACAAUUCUCCUCGGAAGUCACAGCGAUAGCGUGUCCAAUGGUCCUGGCAUCAAUGAUAACGGUAGUGGUAGUGCUGCUAAUCUUGAAAUAGCUCUUGUACUUGCUGAACUUUAUAACAAAACUAUGUAUAGCAAAUACAAAUAUCGUGUUCGCUUCUGUUGGUGGGGUGCUGAGGAACUUGGUCUUCUUGGUUCGCAAGAUCAUGUCGACAAUGCUAAAAAUGCCUCAACUCCGGGUGAACGUCUCACAGACUAUCUAGUCAAUCUCAAUUAUGAUAUGCUUGCCUCACCUAAUUUUAUAUUCGGCAUCUAUGAUGAUAAAACUGCAAAGAAUGAUACACCUGCCUAUGCGCUUCCAGGCUGUAAAAAUAUCAAUGAACUUUUUAGUCAUUGGUUCACUGACCAACAGUUACCUUGGACUGAAACUCCAUUGAAUGGCCGAAGUGAUUAUGGUCCAUUUCUAGCUAAAGGUAUCGUUUCUGGUGGCCUUUUCAGCGGUGCCGAAAGUCGUAAAUCAGUAGUAGAACGCAACUAUUACGAUCAAUUGCUUGGCGCAGGAUUAGGUGGACUAUCUGAUACACCCUACGAUUCAUGCUAUCACAAAGCAUGUGAUUCCAUUCACAACAUCAAUAUUUUCGCUUACACAAGAAUGGUACAAGCAGCUGCUUAUGCUUUAGAGUAUUUGGGUAAACAUGAGAACUUGACAGGAUAUCUCUAUCCAACUGGUAGACCAACACGCUCGGAUGAUGCCACAUCACAACAAGAAUAUGACUCUAUCAAUGAAUACUUUGGACUGCCUUAUUUUUAA